AACAUUCAGAUCCUAAUAACUCUUCAGGGAACAACACACUUGCACUCUUUCCCACCAAGAUUCACAGCCAGUACUGCACGAACCCAACAUGGAUGGCCCAAGCAGUAAACAACGAAACAUUCUUCAACGCUACGCUAUACGUCUCGUCUGUCCAUGAUGCCGGUCUUCGGGGCAAGAGAGGGACAUCUGAGUCUCUCUACUACAAAGCUCAGACGAUCAAACUUCUGAACAAGUCACUACGAGAUUCGGAAGCAGCAGUUUCGGACGAGACUUUGGCUGCUGUUCUACUUCUCACUCAUGUCGUUAGCUUAAUCGGAGAACCGAACGAAGCAGAGAUCCACAUGAACGGCCUCCGUCAAAUGAUGGUUCUCCGAGGAGGUAUUCAGCACUACACUCUCGACGGCGUCUUUCUCCACAUGCUACGCAUCCGUAAUCACCGAAUCACCAACCAUCAUCCCUCCUUCCGGAAUGCCCUACAAACCCUCCACCAAAUUUUCGUAUUCCUGCUCCCCAACCAAUUCUCCACUCCUUAAGCCCUUUGCUGUUUCGAUUGGGUUCCAUCCUACGGUUGUUGAUUUGCUACAUGAUAUGGAGUAUCUGUAUUUUGUGGUGGAUGCAUUUACGAUGAAGCUUUUGCCGGAAUUUAGGGGGGCGUUUGAGGAGGUUGUGAGGUGCAUUGAGGGGUUGCGGGUGAUGGAUGAGGAGAGGGAGCGAGAAUGGGUGGUGCAGAGGCUG